AUGAAGGCCUACAUGUACGACAACCUGCCGGGCGACCAGCGUCUGCCUCACGAUUCCGGCCGUGAGGUGACUGCGGAUGCGCUGGCCAACCUGGGCGUGCUGUACCACCACCUGCCCGCGACCAGCGAGGUGGACGUCCUGGCUGCCAACCGCGGCUACAAGAACCGCGACGAGAUUGUCGUGUCGCCGGAGAAGAUGGGCGACGUGUACGAGGACAAGGUCAAGAUGUUCUUCAACGAGCACCUGCACGAGGACGAGGAGAUUCGCUACAUCCGCGGCGGCCAGGGCUACUUUGACGUGCGCAACCAGGGCGACGAGUGGGUGCGCAUUCAGCUGGAAAAGGACGACCUCAUCAUCCUUCCCGCGGGCAUCUUUCACCGGUUUACUACUGAUGAGUCCAACAUCUUUGGCGGCACCGGUCACAUGGGCCGGUCGCUGGUCAAAUCCGCCCUCUCGCACGGCGAUCUCGUCUGCUCCGUCGGCCGCGUCUUCGAGUCGCGGCCCGAGGACAUGCAGGGCAUCCACGAGAACUGCCUGGGCCUGCUGUGCGACGUGCGCUCGCGCGAGUCCGUCAACCGCGUCUUCCGGCAGGUCAUGGACCGCUUCGGCCGCGUCGACGUCGUGGCCAACUGCUCGGGCUACGGCGUCAUCGGCGCCUGCGAGGACCAGGACGAGCACGACCUGCGCAACCAGUUUGAGACAAACUUCAUGGGCACGCUGCACAUCAUCCACGCCACGCUGCCCUACUUCCGUCGCCAGCAGGCCGGCCGCUACCUCAUCUUCAGCUCAACGUCCGGCGCCCUGGGAGUCCCCGGAUUAGGGCCCUAUUGCGCCUCCAAGUAUGCCGUCGAGGGCCUCAUCGAGGCGCUGCUGUACGAGACGGACGCCUUCCACGUCAAGGCGACGCUGAUCGAGCCCGGCCUGGUGCGCCGCGACGAGCCCGACUCGGACACCAACCCGCUGCCGACCUGGGGCCAUUUCUUCAUCAAGCCGCCCAGCGAGCAUUAUUCGACCUCGACAUCGCCGGCCCUCCACGCAAAGCGCAUGGUGCAGUGGCUGGGCGAUCGCCAGCCCACCAGCGCCGUCAAAUGUGCUGAAUUGGUCUGGCAGCUGGGCCACUGCUCAUAUCCGCCAUUGCGGCUGCUGCUGGGCAGCUACGCCAUUGAGAGUAUUAGAGACCGCAUGCGAUCCAUUACCGAGGAGCUCGAGGACUGGAAGCACCUCAAUUUUGCGACGCUGGGUGAAGGCGCAAGUUUAUGA